AUGGCCGCCGUUGCUCCACCGGCUGAUCAAGCUGCAGAUUUGCUGCAGAAGUUGUCUUUGGGCACUCAGACGAAGGCUAUUGAAAUUCCGGAGAAUACCAAAAAUUCUUCUGUAGAUUCUGUUACCAACAUUCAGAGUCAGUUAGGUGAUCGGUCAGUGACACCCACGUUGCCAGAUUUUAUGGAUCAGACUAUGUGUUACCUCCGAAAUGGUUACCCUUCAAAUGCAUAUUAUUAUGGGGCUUAUGAUGGUAACGGUACUGAAUGGGAGGACUACACUGGAUACAUGAAUCUGGAUGGAGUAGAGAUGGCCCCGGGAGUUUAUGGGGACAUUGGAUCGCUCGUGUAUCACCACGGCUAUGCUUUGUGGAGCUCAACACUACCAUUACCCUACUCCCUACUUCCAGUCUAUGACACCAACAAAUGGACACUCUACUCCAGCCGCCCCUGUCAAAGCAUCGUAAAGGGAAAUAAUGGUUCAACAACUGCAAGACCAACUUACCAAAGUUCAUCGUUUAAUGCCACUGGCUCUUAUGGAAGGGGUGUCUUUUCUGGAGGGAUUCCCGCUUCUGGUUAUCGGGACCCAAGAUUUGGAAUUGAUGGUUUUCUGUCACUGGUUCCAUGGUUAGAUAGCCCGUAUUUUUCAGAUGGACAGCCAAGGGCGGUGACUAGUUCUUCCAUGACUUCAUCCAUUUCCAAUGUAAAUGGCAAUUCCUUCUCGAGGAAUCAGAAUUACCGCCCUCACCUAAUGGGUUUGCAUCAUCCAAGGCCUAUGUCACAUAUGAAUACAACUAAUGGUUAUGCUGAUAGAAUGUAUCCAAACAAAGUGUAUAGUCAGUAUGACAAUGCUUAUAGAUCUGGUCUAGCGUAUGGAUCUAAUGGAUAUGAUUCACGAACAAAUUAUUGCAGCUGGAUGGCUGUUGAUGGCAAAAACAAACCCAGGGGAAGAGGAAACGGGUUCUACAAUUACAGUAAUGAGAGUGUUGAUGGUUUAAAUGAGUUGAACAGGGGACCAAGAGGCAAAAGCUCCAAGAAUCAGAAAGGUUUUACACCAGUGGCUCUGGUCUUUAGAGGGCAAAACAUCCCAUCUAAUGGAGCAGCAGAGAGCGAGAAAGAGAAAAGUGCAACUCGGGAUCAUGAGCAAUACAACCAACUGGAUUUCCCUGAUAAUUAUAGUGAUGCAAAAUUUUACAUUAUGAAGUCAUACAGCGAGGACGAUGUCCACAAGAGCAUCAAAUAUAAUACAUGGGCAAGCACACCUAAUGGUAACAAGAAGCUGGAUAUAGCUUAUGAGGAUGCUCAGCAAAAGUCUGUAGACUGCCCUGUUUUCCUUUUCUUCUCAGUGAAUACCAGUGGGCAAUUUGUUGGUGUAGCAGAGAUGACGGGGCCUGUUGAUUUUGACAAGAAUGUUGAGUACUGGCAGCAGGACAAGUGGAUAGGUUGUUUCCCUGUCAAGUGGCACAUUGUGAAGGAUGUACCCAACAGCUUGUUGAAGCACAUCAUCCUAGAAAACAAUGAGAACAAACCCGUAACUAAUAGUAGGGACACACAAGAGGUUAAACUGGACCAGGGUCUUGAGAUGCUCAAAAUAUUCAAAGAUCAUGCCAGCAAACAAAGUGUCUUGGAUGAUUUUGAUUUCUAUGAGGAUCGGCAGAAAAGAAUUCAGGAUAAGAAAGCCAAGCAACAACAAUUUCUGAAGCAGACAAAGCAAUGGGAAGGAAAACCCAGUGAAGAGAAGAGCAAAGAAGGUAAAAAUGAGGUUCUUAAAUCUCAGAAGUCAUUAGAAGUUGCCUCGGAUUUGAUGAAGGAAGAUACACCAGCUGUUGUUUCUAAUGGGGAUAGCAAGCCUUCAGAAAAUGGUUAUUUAUCUACAUCUGGAGAGCUGCCGAAGUAUUUGAAACCUGUUGCAUUUCCAAAGGAGAAGAUUAUGACUAAUGGGGUUGCAAAUGGUUGCUAG